UCAUCGCCGCGCGUCGCGGUCGCGCGGAGACUGGCGUCAGACGAGCCGCAGGGCAGUGCCGCCGGGCGGUGAGGCGAGCUAUCUGGCCUUUAGCCCUUCAUCCUUGGUUAAGGAAAUGACCAACCAGUACAGUAUUCUCUUCAAACAAGAGCAAGCCCAUGAUGAUGCCAUUUGGUCAGUUGCCUGGGGCACAAACAAGAAAGAAAACUCUGAGACAGUGGUCACAGGAUCCCUGGAUGACCUGGUGAAGGUCUGGAAAUGGCGUGAUGAGAAGCUGGACCUACAGUGGAGUCUGGAGGGCCAUCAGCUGGGUGUGGUGUCUGUGGACAUCAGCCACACCCUGCCCAUUGCUGCGUCCAGUUCUCUUGAUGCUCAUAUUCGUCUCUGGGACUUGGAAAACGGCAAACAGAUAAAGUCUAUAGAUGCAGGACCUGUGGAUGCCUGGACUUUGGCCUUUUCUCCUGAUUCCCAGUAUCUGGCCACAGGAACUCAUGUGGGGAAAGUGAACAUUUUUGGUGUGGAAAGUGGGAAAAAGGAAUAUUCUUUGGACACAAGAGGAAAAUUCAUUCUUAGUAUUGCAUAUAGUCCUGAUGGGAAGUAUCUGGCCAGUGGAGCCAUAGACGGAAUCAUCAAUAUUUUUGAUAUUGCAACCGGGAAACUUCUGCACACGCUGGAAGGCCAUGCUAUGCCCAUUCGCUCCUUGACUUUUUCCCCGGAUUCGCAGCUCCUUGUCACUGCUUCAGAUGAUGGCUACAUCAAGAUCUAUGAUGUACAACACGCCAACUUAGCUGGCACAUUGAGUGGCCAUGCAUCCUGGGUGCUGAACGUUGCAUUUUGUCCUGAUGACACACACUUUGUUUCCAGCUCAUCUGACAAAAGUGUAAAAGUUUGGGAUGUUGGAACGAGGACUUGUGUUCACACCUUCUUUGAUCACCAGGAUCAGGUCUGGGGAGUAAAAUACAAUGGAAAUGGCUCAAAAAUUGUGUCUGUCGGAGAUGAUCAGGAAAUUCACAUCUACGAUUGUCCAAUUUAAACAUCAGUCUUCCAGGCUAAUGCUGCAGAAAGAAUGUAUAGAUUGAUCGUGACAUUCCUUACUUUCUAGCUUGUUUAAAAGAAAUAUAGCAUUUAUUGUAGCAAACACUUACAUUUUGUAGAUACAGUAUAAAUCUUUUCAUGUUUUAUUGGAAAUGCCAUUCAUACUGUAACAUAAAGUGUUCUUAAUGCAAA